AUGUUUCGCAACAUAAUUACGAAAUCGUUACCCAUUCAACAAACAGCUGCACGACGCAAUUAUGCUUCUACACCAUUCUUAAAAGAUUUUAUCACUUCUGAAGAAAAGGGUCCUGUCGAAACCUCGAUUGAGGCCAAGCUUAUUGAAGAAUUUGAUCCCUCCACACUGCACAUUGUUAAUGAAUCGCACAUGCACUCACACCAUUCUGCCAUGAAGGGCAACACAAACAAGGAAACCCAUUUUCGGUAUUCUUUGAUGCAACGCCAUCGCUCAGUCUACAAGCUUUUGCAACAAGAAAUUGAUGAAGGCGUCCACGCCCUUACCCUUAGAACUAAAACACAAGCAGAGAUCGAAAAGAAGGUUUAG